AUGAGGUUCAGGAUAGAGAACAUUAAAGAAAUUGGGAUUUCCAGAGCUUUUAAUGGUGUUGGAAUGGAGGAGGCCCAUCUGAUACUGGAAUUCUUAGGGCAUAGAAUCUUCGACUAUGAGAAUAAGAGAUUGGAUGAAAGAAGGACUUGGAGAUUUAAUGAAGACUCUACAGAACAUGGGAAAGAUAGAGAUGAAGCGGUGGAAAGGAUUCUGAAUAUACACAAAAGCCUUAGAAUAGAGUAG